AUGUCGCACUGCCUCCGCGCCUCACUCGUCCUCGUGCCGCCGUCGCCCUUCCUCUUCUCCCACUGCCCAUCUUCGCGCCGGCGACGGCGCCCGCGCGGCCGCAGCCUCCACCUGACCUCGCGCCCCCUCUUCACCCUCGCCCGCUUCGACCCGCCGCCGCUGUUCCGCCUCAAGGUCUCCGACUCCAGCGAUCCCCCCGCCGAGGCCGCCCACGCCCACCGCAGCAACCACCGCGCCCACGCCCACCACAGCUCCGCGCCGUCGCUGCUCCCGGUGCCGCGGGCCCUGAUCGGCUCGCUCGCGCCGGUAUGGCGGGAGGGGCUCUUCCUCGUGCGCUGCUCCGUCUUCGCCGCCGUGGUCUCCGUCGCCGCCGCGCUCUCCUGGGUCGCGCAGCUCCGGGCCCGUUCCUUCGUCGAGGCCCGCCUCCUGCCCGCGGCAUGCGCCGCGCUCAGCGAGUACCUCCAGCGGGAGGUCCGCCUCGGCAAGGUGCGCAGCGUCUCGCCGCUCGGGAUCACGCUGCAGACCUGCUCCAUCGGCCCGCACGCGGAGGAGUUCUCCUGCGCCGAGGUGCCCGUCAUGAAGAUUAGGGUACGCCCCUUCGCCAGCAUCAGGAGGGGAAGGGUCGUCGUGGACGCCGUGCUGUCCGAGCCCUCCGCGCUGGUGGCACAGAAGAAGGAUUUCUCGUGGCUCGGGAUCCCCCCACCCUCCGAGGGCACGGUCAAGAGGCACUACGGGGAGGAGGGCAUAGACUACCGCACCAAGACGAGGAGGCUUGCCAGGGAGAAGGCCGCGGAGCAAUGGAACGAGGAGAGGGAUCAAGCCGCAAGGGAAGCCGCUGAAAAGGGAUACACCAUUCCUAGUGGCCAAUCGGUUUCUCUGCCCACUAAUGAGAUUCUGGAGGUUGAUGGGACUACCGAGAUUGGGAAGUCCAGUCCACCCGUGUGCGCCGAUGAAAUGCAUAAGAAGGAUCAUCACUUGGCAACAGGCAUCGACUCUGGUUCAAAGCAUGGAGAUUUGGAGAAGUCUUUUGGCUUCAAAUCACGCAUUCCUGGGAUUAACCUCUGGUCUAGGGUGAUUUCAAGCUCUAGUAGGCUCAGGUACAGGAGGAAGGCUCUCAGUAAGGUUAUUCCAGAUGUUGAUAAUUCUUCUCAGCAAAGGAUUCUUAGACGCAGUGCAGACGCUGCUGUAGCAUAUUUUCAGAACAAAGGUCGCAUUAAUAUUGAUGAUUCAUCCCCUGAACCAGGAAAAGGCUCAUCGGAUGAUGGUCAUGCCAAUGUUGGUGGCAGUGGAAUCACUUCAAAUGAUGAAACUGUCAGCAACUCUAAGACUGCAUCAGCCAGUUUGGCUGAAUCCCCAUCGCAUAAUCAACUAUCUAGUCAGUGCAGUUCAAGUAAUUUGGACAACUUGUUACUAUGGCACAAUUUGGAAGAUCUGCAGAUCGGUCAGGCCAAGAAUCCUUCUGAAAAUAAACUUGUUCCACAGCAAGAGAUUAUUUUUGGGGAUUUCGGUUCAUGCACGCAUGCUCACAACUGGGUGCCAUUUUGGCCGUUCCAAUUAAAGAGUUUUCCUGUCAGUUUUAAUGGACCUUGUGCAUCUCUGGAUCUUAAAAUUGAGAAAUUGAAGUCACAAUUUGCUAUUGGUCCUGGAGAUUUCUCUGCUGAACUUACAGAAGGGGCUAGUCAGAUCCAUCCUGGUGGCGCUCAGAAUGCACUUCUAAUCACCCUUGAUUCUGUCUAUUUCAAUGGAGGUAACUUGAUGCUUCUGGGAUAUGGUGAUCAAGAACCCAGAGAAAUGAAGCAUGCUAGUGGACAUGUCAAGUUCAAAAACAAUUAUAAUCGUGUACACGUGCAUGUAACUGGGAAUUGCAUGGAGUGGAGGCAAGACCGAUCUUCUCAAGGAGGGGGUUAUCUUUCUACAGAUGUAUUUGUUGACAUAGCUGAGGAAACAUGGCAUGCUAAUCUCAAUGUAGUCGAUGCAUUUGCUCCGCUGUUUGAAAGAAUUUUAGAAAUACCUAUUGUUUGGCACAAAGGAAGAGCUACCGGUGAGGUGCAUAUUUGUAUGUCAAAGGGUGACAGUUUUCCAAGCAUUCAUGGUCAGCUUGAUGUGAAAGGUCUAGCUUUUCAGAUAUUGGAUGCCCCAUCAUCAUUUUCUGAUAUAGUGGCAAAAUUAUCAUUUCGUGGUCAAAGAGUAUUUCUGCACAAUGCAAGUGGGUGGUUUGGUGAUGCUCCAGUUGAAGCUUCUGGAGAUUUGGGACUAAAUCCUGAGGAUGGAGAGUUUCAUCUAAUGUGCCAGGUUCCAUCCGUUGAAGUUAAUGCACUUAUGAGGACAAUGAAAAUGAAACCUCUUAUGUUCCCGUUGGCCGGUUCUGUUACUGCUGUAUUUAACUGUCAAGGACCCCUUGAUGCUCCUGUUUUUGUUGGAAGUGGGAUUGUCUCAAGGAAGUUUUUUCAGUAUCUGGUUGCUGAUUUAUAUGGUAUUAGAGCAUGCCUAUUGGAUGGCGGAGAAAUUCGAGGGGCUGGUAAUGCAUGGAUUUGCCCAGAGGGGGAAGGUGAUGAUUCUGCUAUGGAUAUUAAUUUGUCUGGGACCAUUCUACUUGAUAAAGUAUUGCAUCGUUACAUUCCUGGAGGAAUCCAGCUGAUUCCACUCAAGAUUGGAGAGCUCAAUGGAGAGACUAGACUUUCUGGUUCCCUUAUUAGACCGAAGUUUGAUAUCAAAUGGGCUGCACCCAAUGCUGAAGAUUCUUUUUCAGAUGCACGUGGCAAUAUUGUUAUUGCACAUGAUUACAUUAUGGUCAACUCUUCAUCAGUCUCCUUCGAUUUAAAUACCCGAGUUCAAACAUCAUAUAUUGAUGACUACUUGUUGAACAAGGAGACUUAUCAAAUGAAAAAAAUCAUGCCACUAAUUGUGGAGGGUGUUGAUUUGGAUUUACGUAUGAGAGGCUUUGAGUUUGCUCAUAUAGCCUCCUCAAUACCUUUUGAUUCACCACGACCAUUACAUUUGAAAGCAUCUGGAAGGGUCAAAUUUCAAGGAAAAAUCAUGAAAUCUAUCAAUAUAGCUGAUGGCAAUAUCAAUGGUGUUCUUCAAAGUAACAUUGACCAAAAUAAGCUUGAGACCAAUGUUUCAAAGCUUGUAGGCGACAUAUCUCUUUCUGGAAUUAAACUCAACCAGCUCAUGCUAGCGCCACAAUCUACUGGUUUCCUUUCCAUAUCACGGGAUUCUAUGAUGUUGAAUGCUACUGGCAGGCCUGAUGAAAAUUUUUCCAUAGAAGUGAAUGGACCAUUGCUUUUCACUUCAAACGAGGAUAUUCAAGAUGUAAGGCUUCUGUCAAUUUUCCUCCAAAAGGGCCAGCUGAGAUCUAAUAUCUGUUAUCAUCCUCAGAAUUUGACCAGUGUAGAGGUUCGGAAUUUGACACUUGAUGAGCUGGAGUUUGCUUCAUUGCGCGGAUUUGUUCAGAAGGCAGAACUUCAGCUUAAUUUUCAGAAAAGAAGAGGUCAUGGUUUGCUGUCAAUAAUCCGUCCCAAAUUUAGUGGCGUGCUUGGUGAAGCACUUGAUAUAGCUGCUCGAUGGAGUGGUGAUGUUAUUACUAUGGAAAAAUCUAUCCUGGAGCAAGCUAAUAGCAAGUAUGAGGUUCAAGGGGAGUAUGUUUUUCCUGGAACACGUGAUAGAUUUCCUGUGGAAAGUCAGAGUAAUGGGUUCAUAGAGAAAGCAAUGGGAGGGCAUCUUGGUAGCAUAAUGUCUUCGAUGGGCAGGUGGAGGAUGCGACUAGAGGUUCCUGGUGCUGAAGUAGCUGAAAUGCUUCCUUUAGCAAGGCUUCUUUCACGGAGUACAGACCCAGUUAUUCGAUCGAGAUCAAAGGAACUUUUUAUGCAAUGUCUGCAUUCUGUUGGGUUCAAUGCUGAAAGUCUUCAUGAUCAGCUAAAGGCAUUAGAAAUGUAUCAUGAUUGGUUGGAUGAUGACACAAUGGAAGAUAUAACGCUUCCUGGCUUAGCUGAACUAAGAGGCUAUUGGCGUGGCUCUCUUGAUGCUAGUGGAGGUGGUAAUGGGGAUACGAUGGCAGAUUUUGAUUUCAAUGGUGAAGAUUGGGAAUGGGGAACUUACAAGACACAGCGUGUUCUCGCAUCUGGUUCAUUCAGCAAUAAUGAUGGUCUGCGACUAGAUAAAUUAUUUAUUCAGAAAGAUAAUGCCACCCUUCAUGCUGAUGGGUCGAUUCUUGGGCCGCUUACAAAUCUUCACUUUGCUGUGCUUAACUUCCCAGUUGGCCUUAUACCAGCUUUAGUUCAGGCUAUAGAAUCAUCAACCACAGACUCAAUUCAUUUUCUGAGGCAAUGGUUGACUCCCAUCAAAGGUAUUUUGCACAUGGAGGGAGACUUGAGAGGUACUCUGGCAAAACCAGAAUGUGAUGUUCAAAUAAGGCUGCUUGAUGGCACUAUUGGAGGCAUCGAUCUUGGAAGAGCAGAAGUAUUAGCUUCUGUUACCCAUAUGAGCCGUUUCGUAUUUGAUGCAAAUUUCGAACCGAUAAUACAAAGUGGACAUGUAAACAUUCAAGGUAGUAUCCCAGUCACUUAUGUAGACAACAGCUCGAUAGAGGAAAGUCCAGAAGAGGCAGAUGGGAAACAAGGUAUCAUAAGAAUCCCUGUUUGGGCAAGAGACAGAGGAUCAUCGAAUGAGAUCAGUGAAGCAAGAAUUGUGAGAGACAAGACGGAGGAGGGCUGGGAAUUUCAAUUAGCUGAAAAACUUAAAGGUUUAAGUUAUAACAUGCUAGAACCAGGUGAAGUGAGGAUAGAUGCAGAUAUAAAGGAUGGGGGUAUGAUGUUGAUAACUGCAUUGAGUCCUUAUGCAAACUGGCUUCAAGGCUAUGCUGAUGUUCUCCUCCAGGUUAAAGGCACUGUUGAUCAGCCUGUUGUUGAUGGGUCAGCAACGUUUAACCGAGCAAUUGUGAAUUCUCCCUUUCUUCGGACACCAUUGACGAAUUUUGCGGGUACAAUUCAAGUCAUAUCCAACAGGCUAUGCAUCAGUUCAAUGGAAAGCAGGGUUGGGAGGAAAGGGAGAUUGUCAAUGAAAGGGACCCUGCCUCUUAAAAAUAGCAAGCCAUCUGCCAACGAUAAGAUUGAUUUGAAAUGUGAAGUUCUGGACAUACGAGCAAAAAAUAUUUUGAGUGGCCAAGUAGACAGUCAGCUGCAAGUUACAGGCUCAAUUUUGCGACCAGAUCUUUCUGGGAUGAUCCGGUUGAGUCAUGGUGAAGCAUAUUUGCCUCAUGAUAAAGGCAAUGGUGCUGCCGUCACUAGGUUGACUUCAAACAAGUCGAGUUAUCUUCUUUCUGGUUUUGACCAAUCAACCACUUCGCAGGACGUCUCACGAAUUCUGGGGUCACUGUCAACAUCUGCAGACAGAGAUCAAUCAGACACAGAAAAGACACUUGAGCAUGGAAGUUUUAAGCCAAACAUUGAUGCACGGUUAAAUGAUCUGAAGCUCACCUUGGGACCAGAACUAAGGAUUGUUUAUCCUUUAAUUCUGAAUUUUGCCGGCAGUGGUGACCUAGAGCUUAAUGGGAUGGUUCAUCCAAAGUAUAUAAGACCUAAGGGCGUCUUAACAUUUGAAAAUGGUGAGGUCAACCUGGUAGCAACGCAAGUUAGACUUAAAAAUGAUCAUUUAAAUGCAGCAAAAUUUGAACCUGAUCUUGGUUUGGAUCCUGUUCUUGAUCUCGUUCUUGUUGGAUCUGAAUGGCAAUUCAAAAUCCAAAGUCGAGCAAGCAUGUGGCAAGACAAUCUGGUGGUAACCUCAACACGCUCUGUGGACCAGAAUGUUCUGUCACCUAGUGAGGCUGCAAAGGUUUUCGAAUCACAGCUUGCAGAAUCAUUAUUAGAAGGUGACGGACAGCUUGCAUUCAAGAAGCUUGCAACUGCAACGCUGGAAACUUUGAUGCCAAGGAUUGAAGGCAAGGGAGAGUUUGGACAGGCACGGUGGCGACUGGUUUAUGCUCCGCAGAUCCCAAGUUUACUCUCUGUGGAUCCAACAGUUGAUCCACUAAAAUCUCUGGCAAAAAAUAUCUCUUUUGCCACGGAGGUUGAAGUGCAGCUCGGAAAACGCCUUCAGGCCUCUGUCGUCAGGCAAAUGAAAGAUUCAGAAAUGGCGAUGCAGUGGACGCUGAUAUAUCAGCUAACUAGUAGGCUCCGUGUUCUCUUCCAGUCUACCCCAUCCAAUAGGCUUCUCUUCGAGUACUCAGCAACAUCGCAGGAUUGA